GAAUGUGUAGUAAUGCUCAGUCGAGCACUCAAACUUGGGCUGAAACAAACUGCUGCUCGUUGUCUCUAACUUUUUUAAACGUGGAAAGCAUCAUAAGAGAAACAAAAUAACAAUAGAAAUACCUACCCUAAUGUAACGAUGUUGGACAAUGAAGCAUUUGGGUCUUUCGUCUUUUACAGCACUCUUCUGAUCAUCAAAAUGUACAUUGUGGCAAUUAUCACGGGGCAAGUGAGACUUCGAAAAAAGGCUUUCGCUAAUCCGGAGGAUGCAAUGAGGCACGGUGGCCUGCAUUUCGCUCGAGAAGACCCUGAUGUGGAGCGAUGCCGAAGGGCCCACCACAACGACAUGGAGAACAUUUUCCCCUUCCUGUUCCUGGGUGCAGUUUAUUCCAUGACCGAGCCCGCCCUGCCGAUAGCCCGCACCCACUUCCAGGUGUUCUUCCUGGGCAGGCUGGUCCACACUGUCGCUUACCUGUUGGCCCUGAAGGCACCAACCCGCUCCCUGGCUUACACCGUAGCCCAGGUGCCCUGCUUCUCCAUGGCUGUGCAGGUCCUUAUUGCCGUGGCAUCAUACCGGUGAACAAAUAUCUCAGUGCUGUUUUAAACCCCAGCAAUAGCUAGUAUCGGUUGCUGUCUGGAGCUGUUGAGAUGAUAAUGCUAGCGAUGCUGGCAAAUCUCUGAGUGGUUGACUUGACCACAGUUUUCAACAGAGAGUAAAGAGAAUCAUUGUAAACCAGAACCUGCUUGUCAAGAGCUUAUACUGGAGGCCAGGCAAAAACAACCCUGUAUUGACUCCCAGGAAAAUGUGUUGAUUUAUAUUUACCUGAAGGCUAUAAUUAUUCAUUCACAAAUUGUAUACUAGUUGCAUCACAGUAUUGUUUUCUUUAUUAUUAUUAUUAUUAUUAUUAUUAUUAUUAUUAUUAUUAUUAUUAUUAUUAUCACCAGUACCAAUACUUUUUGACGUCCCCUACUGAUCACAACAUGUACAGCAUGUUCAUACCAAAUGUUAUUUUUUGGUAAGUGAAAAUCAUAAACUGGUGUUGCAUGACCAUCCAUAAAAAAAAAGCAGUAAGCUGAAGCAGUAUUUAACCCCAAACCAGAAAAUAACACCUGCCAUCACAAACACAUCUAUCUUUUUAACAUCUCAAACCAUUAAAAAAUGUUUUUUCUCA